AUGUUUGAGUCACAAGGCAGUAGUUCUGUUAAAAUCUGUUAUCUAGAAUUUUUUGCAAGAACUGUGUAUGCUCUUACGAGCUUGCCUAAACUUGGACAACUUGGGCAAGUAUGUGAUAACAACGACAGUGAUGGAGAGAACAAUCCAGACAACAAAGACGACGAUGUAGACACCACAGCAGGACUUGGGUUAUUGUUGAAUGCUGCCGAUAAUGAGUACACGAUUAAAUGUUGUGGUUUUGUCGAUACCUGGGAGUUUUAUGCCAAGGAUAACACAGGGGUGGUGGAUCUACAGAUGUGGCGCUCUAUCGGGGGCGGAUCCUAUACCUUAGUUGGCCAAAACUCCUACACCGUCACAGAUACGGAUAAGGAGAUACGGUAUUCUGUCCCAGUCUCAGAGCGCAUCCCUGUUCAAAAUGGAGACAUCAUAGGAUUCUAUACAGCUGGAAACCCUAUAGUGUCCUACAAAAGAGAGUGGGGCGGUUGGAACUGGCAUGGCUGGACGUCUUCAAAUACUAUUGGAUCCUCUGUUGUGGGGGACACCUUUGACUGGGGGUCCGCCACCAGUUUUCACGAGCAGAGGGAUUAUGCUAUCAACGUCCAGCUAGAUCCAGGGAACAAGCCAAGUCUUACAAAUUUGGACAACUCUAUGUCCUUUCCCGAUGAUACAGCAGUGAAUACUCUCAUCUACACCGUAACCUCCACCGAUAGUGACACGACUGACGUCAUUACUACUGUAAUGAAAACGUCAUCAUCUUAUUUUACUUUUGAUCCGACAACGGGAGAAGUCAGGAACACCGGGAUUCUCCCCAGUGGAACCACAAAUCUGAACUUCCGCGUGACAGACACAUGCGGGCAAACCGACACCAAAACCUUGACGAUCGUUGUCACCAACAUUCCUCCUGUCAUUCAUAACCUGCCGGCAUCACGUGACCUCUCAGAGGACCACGCCUCAGAACAACUACUGUACACGAUAAACGCUACUGACACGUCAUCCCUGGACAAGGUAACCUGUAGUGUCAACAGCAUCAGUCCAACCACAGACAACUUCUUCACCAGAUUGAUAACCGGAUCAACUACUUUAUAUGGAGUGUAUGUGAAAGCUCAACCCUCGCUUGACUACGACACCUCACGGCAGUAUGACGUCACAGUGAGGUGCACAGAUGGGAAAGAUUCCGUGACCGGAGUAUUCACAAUAUACAUCUCCCGAAACAACCCACCUAUAUUUGUCAACUUACAAGCGACAACAAGGAUAGCAGCUGCCACGUCUACCAAAGGAAACAUCAUCUACACUGUGAAUUCCACUGACGAAGAUUCCAGUCAACUGUAUUACAACAUGACGUGUGUUCCUGCUGCGUGUCCCUUCACGAUACACAACUAUGGUGAAGUUAUCGUGACUUCUGACCUCUCUUCCCACACUAUACCCGGAUAUGACCUGUAUAUUUACGUCACAGAUGGCAACACGUUGGUGGGACCUCGUACACUUACCGUAAUUCUUGAAGGAAUAAAUUCAGCACCGUCGAUCACCAACCUUCCUCUCUUGACCCCAAUCACGGUACAGGAGAACGUUGCCAUGUCAACCGCCGUCUUCCAGGUCUCCUUCUCCGACGUAGACGCGGGACAAAACCAUACUUAUCACCUGUUCUGUAGUCCGAGUCUGGGCUCAACUCUUUUUUCUAUCGAUUCUGCAAAUGGCCUGAUCACCACCUCCUCCACUCAGACCAUCAACUACGAGUCAGUGUCCACCACGUCUACCACAUAUCUGAUGACCGUCACCGUGUCUGAUGGAUACGAUACUGCUACGUCAUCAUUCACCGUCGCCAUUGCAGAUCAGAACGAGGUCCCGGUGUUCGGCAAGGAUGCGUAUUACAUAUCCGGCACCGAAGGCGUGGCAGGGACUGUUGUAAGUAGCCCAUCCUUUGACGUCACAGAUCCUGAUUCGGGAGACACACAGACAUACUCUAUAGAUUGUCCGUCCUUUAAUAUUCAUCCUAGUACAGCAGUCGUCACACUAAGCCAUGACUAUGAUCUAGACGUCGCUGGGACUGCCACAUCAGUCACGUGCACAGUAACAGUGACAGAUGGUGAGCUCACCGACACAGCCUUAUUGGUCAUCACACUUAGUGACGUCAACGAUCACACCCCUGUCAUGGGCAAUCCCGCCUUUACAUUUUACGCUUCGCCUAACACCGGAGUAGGUACCGUGAUAGGCGUAAUAACAGCCAGUGACGGGGAUCUUGGAUCUUUUGGAAACAUUUCAUAUUCCUUGGACCAAAUUUCCCUUGGAAAUGAAUACUUUGGAGUGAAGAUUAAUGGUGACAUGUAUGUGAUGAACAGUUUGCUUGGCUUCUCCACGGGAAUAACUCUGAGUUUGACUGCCACGGCUCGAGACAAGGGCGGAUUACAGGACACCGCCACCGUAACAGUCAUUAUCCCAGAAUCCACCACUGCUGCCCCGGUAACCACCACAGAUCGUCACCUAACCUUUUGGGAAGACACGGGGAACAUCGCCUGGGUAACCGUCGCUUCUGUAUUGCUAUGUGGCCUCACUUUAUAUUGUUCCUAUCUCCUUGCCAGAUACGGAAACGUCCCAUGCGUGAAACAUUCUUACAAACGCCAUGAAAGCAAAGUGAACACUACCAAAUGGUCUCAACAUGAAAACAACAAGAAGAACAACCUUGCAAAUAAAACGAGAUAUGACUUGAAGCCAUGGGAAAGUAGCAAUCCAUCUUACAAGUAAGGCUACAAAAUAGUGGUA